AUGAUACAGAAACUAUACAAUUAUCCCUGCAUAGCGACAGAGGUGAAUGGCGGACGAACAGAGGGGGUCAAAGAUGCUACAAUCACAAGAAUGAUACAGAAACUACACAAUUAUCCCUGCAUAGCGACAGAGGUGAAUGGCGGACGAACAGAGGGGGUCAAAGAUGCUAUAAUCACAAGAAUGAUACAGAAACUACACAAUUAUCCCUGCAUAGCGACAGAGGUGAAUGGUGGACGAACAGAGGGGGUCAAAGAUGCUACAAUCAUAAGAAUGAUACAGAAACUACACAAUUAUCCCUGCAUAGCGACAGAGGUGAAUGGCGGACGAACAGAGGGGGUCAAAGAUGCUACAAUCACAAGAAUGAUACAGAAACUACACAAUUAUCCCUGCAUAGCGACAGAGGUGAAUGGUGGACGAACAGAGGGGGUCAAAGAUGCUACAAUCACAAGAAUGAUACAGAAACUACACAAUUAUCCCUGCAUAGCGACAGAGGUGAAUGGCGGACGAACAGAGGGGGUCAAAGAUGCUACAAUCACAAGAAUGAUACAGAAACUACACAAUUAUCCCUGCAUAGCGACAGAGGUGAAUGGUGAACGAACAGAGGGGGUCAAAGAUGCUACAAUCACAAGAAUGAUACAGAAACUACACAAUUAUCCCUGCAUAGCGACAGAGGUGAAUGGCGGACGAACAGAGGGGGUCAAAGAUGCUACAAUCACAAGAAUGAUACAGAAACUACACAAUUAUCCCUGCAUAGCGACAGAGGUGAAUGGCGGACGAACAGAGGGGGUCAAAGAUGCUACAAUCACAAGAAUGAUACAGAAACUACACAAUUGUCCCUGCAUAGCGACAGAGGUGAAUGGCGGACGAACAGAGGGGGUCAAAGAUGCUACAAUCACAAGAAUGAUACAGAAACUACACAAUUAUCCCUGCAUAGCGACAGAGGUGAAUGGCGGACGAACAGAGGGGGUCAAAGAUGCUACAAUCACAAGAAUGAUACAGAAACUACACAAUUAUCCCUGCAUAGCGACAGAGGUGAAUGGUGGACGAACAGAGGGGGUCAAAGAUGCUACAAUCACAAGAAUGAUACAGAAACUACACAAUUAUCCCUGCAUAGCGACAGAGGUGAAUGGCGGACGAACAGAGGGGGUCAAAGAUGCUACAAUCACAAGAAUGAUACAGAAACUACACAAUUAUCCCUGCAUAGCGACAGAGGUGAAUGGCGGACGAACAGAGGGAGUCAAAGAUGCUACAAUCACAAGAAUGAUACAGAAACUACACAAUUAUCCCUGCAUAGCGACAGAGGUGAAUGGCGGACGAACAGAGGGGGUCAAAGAUGCUACAAUCACAAGAAUGAUACAGAAACUACACAAUUAUCCCUGCAUAGCGACAGAGGUGAAUGGCGGACGAACAGAGGGGGUCAAAGAUGCUACAAUCACAAGAAUGAUACAGAAACUACACAAUUAUCCCUGCAUAGCGACAGAGGUGAAUGGCGGACGAACAGAGGGGGUCAAAGAUGCUACAAUCACAAGAAUGAUACAGAAACUACACAAUUAUCCCUGCAUAGCGACAGAGGUGAAUGGUGGACGAACAGAGGGGGUCAAAGAUGCUAAAAUUUUAAACAAUAUCUUAUUCUGUUUCACGUACAUUUGA